AAAUGAGUAAAUACGCUCGUUACGCGGAUUUGGUUAAACAAACCACGGAAUAUUCGCGUAGAAUGACGAGAUUAAGUAAUAGAAUAUUUGGGGAAGUCGCUAGGCCGACGAAUUCGAAGUCGAUGAAGGUGGUAAAAUUAUUUAGCGAAGAACCUGUGAAUCAAAGGAAAGAAAUUCACGCUUAUUACCCCCGGCACAUCGAAACGGGGAAGUUGAUGAUGUUAUUGCGACAUUACGGGUUGUAUCGCGAUGAGCACGCCGAUUUUAAAGAGGAAAUGGAUCGAAUGAGGAUGUUGCGAGGCAAAGCAAAACCAGAAAGGAAAUAUAAAAGCGAAAAGAAACCGUUUCCUUAAAAAUAAAUAAACAAAUUAAGUAGUUCUUUGUAAAUUUAUUGAUUAAAAAAGGUUAUUAUAGCUCAGA